GGGGCGACGCGCCGCAGCCAUCCUAUCCGAAUGCUCCGCAAGUGUCGGGCGGCGUGCAUCCAUCUCAUGGGCAUACCCAUGGGGACCGGCAGCCGCCUGGUCAGCCGGAUGCUUCACGGCAGCAGAGGCCAAACGGCGGUCAUGACGCGGGCCACGCGACUUCCACGUACCAACACAUGCAGCAGGCGCACCAAGAUGAGCAUAUGCAGGGUGAGCUGGAUCAGCAGCACCACCAGCAACAGCAAUACCAGCAGCAGCAAUACCGCGAGCAGCAUGGUCACAUGCAACCGCAGCCCAACGGUGGUGGCCCCGGUGGCGCCCUUUGCGAAGGGGCCAACCAGCGCCACGGCACAUCCGCGGCGACCCACAUGCCAGGACACAGCGGGACUCGGGCCGACAUGAUCCCUGAUGCAGGCAACGCUAGCAACACCGCCGUAGCUGCGCCUCCGCAGUCAGACGUGGGCGCCAGCAGGGCCUCCACAGCUGCUGCUGCAGCUGCCGCCGGCGCCCCAGCCGCUGCCGGCGGUGCUGCUGCUGCAGCUGCUCCUACUGUCGCACCCUCCGCGGGCGCUGCAGCCAUCGCGGCUGCUGUUGCUGCGGGCGACGGCAGCAGCAGCGAUGAGGAGAGCGCGGAGGCCUACGCCGCACCCCUCACGCAGCUCGCCCUGGUGGAGGCUCAGCGGCGACAACGGCGGAGGUCGUCACAUACCGGCGGCCGUGUGGGCGCCGGCAGCCAGCAAGCCUCCGGGGGCAACCUAGCUGCCUCCCUGGCGGCCGCUGCGGACCCCGAUGGUGGCGCUGGGGCAGCCGGGGCGCAAGCGGAGGCAGAGGGAGUUGACGGUGUCAUGGCUGGAGGUGUGGUUACGGCUGUAGGUGGCGGCGAGGCGCCAGGGGAGCCGCCGCCCUCGCCGGGCCCUCCGGCGCCACCCAGGCAGCUGGAGGCAUACCUACCGGAGGCGCUGUGCCAGGCGUACUACGACCGUGGAGGGCGGUUUGAGCUGUACGAAUGGCAGGCGGAGUGUCUGUGCCAGCUGGGCGUGCUGAUGGGUCGUAACCUGGUGUACUGCGCGCCCACCAGCGGCGGCAAGUCCAUGGUGGCGGAGAUGCUGGGCAUACGGAGGCUGCUGAUCACAGGCAAGCCCUUCAUGUUGGUGCUGCCUUUCGUGGCUCUGUGCGCGGAGAAGGCGGACGCGCUGCAGGCGCUGCUGGCGCCCAUCAACCGCACCGUCAACGGCGCGUACGGCGGCCAGCAGAACGGCAAGAUCAUACAGCCGGGCGUAGGCGCCAUCGUGGCCACCAUCGAGAAGGCCAACGCACUGAUCAACGCCAUGCUGGAGGAGGACACGCUGGGGGAGCUGUCGGCGGUGGUGGUGGAUGAGCUGCACAUGGUUGGCGAGGAGGAGCGCGGCUACCUGCUGGAGCUGCUGCUCACCAAGCUGCGCUUCGCCACCUCGGCGUCAGCGGGCGGAGGCGCGGAGGCGGAGGAGGCGCCCUUCGACUGGACGGCGGUGGGGCCGGCGUACCAGCGGGAGGGGCUGCAGGUCAUCGGCAUGAGCGCCACCAUGCCCAAUGUGGAUGCGGUGGCUCGCUGGCUGGACGCGGCGCUCUACACCACCACCUUCAGACCCGUGCAACUGCAGGAGUACGUCAAGGUAGGCCGCCGCGUGCUGAACCCCGCUGGCGAGGUGGUGCGGGAGCUUCAGCCGGAGCCGGGGUGGGAGGAGCGCGAUGCCGACCAUGUGGCAUGGCUGACGCGGGAGACGGUGCAGGACGGGCACUCAGUGCUCAUAUUCUGCGCCUCCAAGGCCCACUGUGAGCGGGUGGCCGAGCACAUAGCCCGGCUGGUGCCCAUCACGCAGCGCGAGCCGCCACCCGUGUCAGCUCAGGGUGCCGGCGCGCAGGCGGCGGGGCAGGGGCCGCAGGACGCUGCCGCGCACAGUCCCAUGGGUCGCAACGCGCGAGAGGGCUUCGUGUCGGAGCUGCGGCGGCUGGCGGGACAGGAUCCCACUCUGCCGGAGCUGGUGGCGCGGGGCGUGGCCUAUCACCAUGCGGGUAUGUCCAACGAGGAGCGGGAGGUGGUGGAGGCGGCCUACAAGGCGGGCGCCAUCUCCGUGCUCACCGCCACCUCCACCCUGGCGGCAGGCGUCAACCUGCCGGCCCGGCGGGUCAUCUUCCGACACAGCUACAUCGGCAAGCAGGACAACCCCAUCGACGCAACCAAGUACCGCCAGAUGUCUGGUCGCGCGGGCCGCGCUGGCAUCGACACCGCCGGCGAGUCCUACCUCCUCUGCGAGCGCAACAAGCCGGUGGCGCAGCUGCUGGCGCUCAUGCAGCAGAAGGCCAACCCCAUUGCCAGCUGCCUCACGGAGAACAAGAAGGGAAUGAAGCGGGCGGUGCUGGAGGUGGUUGCGUCUGGCGCGGUGAGCAGCGGCACCGACGUGAAGCGCUUCAUCGGCUGCACGCUGCUGCACGCGCAGUACGGCUUCCAGGCGGUGGCCAAGGCGACCAUUGCGGCGCUGCACUGGCUCAAGGAUAACGGCUUCAUACGUGUGGACGAGUCCACCCUCAAUUGGGGCCCCACUCCCUUCGGCAAGGCCACGCUGGCCAGCUCCAUGCCGCCCGAGGAGGCGCUGGUGGUGCGGGGCGACCUGGAGCGCGCGCGCAUGUCGCUGGUGCUGGCCACCGACCUGCACGUCACCUACCUGGUCACACCCAUCAAGGAGGACCUGCGCGUGGACUGGGAGAUCUACUUCCACUGGUUUGAGAAGCUGUCCAAGGUGGAUGCCCGUGUGGCGGAGCUGGUGGGGGUGGUGCCCGCCUUCCUGGUCAGGCUGAGACAGGGUCACCGCGGCUCUCGUGCGGGAGCCGGCGGAGCUGCUUCUGCGGAUGCGGAGAAGGAGCGCAUCGCCCGGCGCUUCUUCGCGGCCAUGGUCCUCAAUGACCUCAUUCAGGAGGUCCCGCUCAAGGAGGUGGCCGAGAAGUACGGUCUGGGCAAGGAAAAGGGGCCUCUGGAGGGCCUGCAGGAGCGAGCAGGCCGGUUCUCCGCCAUGGUCGCUGCCUUCUGCGAGCGGCUGGGCUGGGCGGACCUGGAGGUGAUCAUCGCCAAGUUCCAGAGCCGCGUGUGGUACGGCGUGCGGCCCGAGGUGGUGGCGCUCACCGAGAUCCCCUACGUCAAGGGCCACCGCGCGCGGCUGCUGUACAAGGCGGGGCUGCGCACCCCGGAGGUGGUGGCGGGCUGCGACCUGGAGCGGCUGCUGGAGAUACUGUCAGCGGGCGCCGCCCGCGCUGGCGACCAGGAGCAGCAGCGGCGCACGGAGCGCCGAGCCGCCCGCAUGAUCCUGCAGGGCGCCAAGGACCUGG